GGUCUUUUUUUUUUCAAAAGAAAAGAGACGCAUCACAUCAAAUUUCUUGCCGGGAGAACAUUUCCUGUUUUCUCCAUUCCACCCCGCUAAGAACACCUUCUGCUCCAUCGUUUCUUCCGACGCAAAGGAACACCAUCUCGAAAAAAAAACACGCAUCCGGUCCUGGCUGCUUGCUGCUGUUUGGUGUACUCACGGCUGCUCUUCUUGCUUUACGAUUGCGCGCUCUGAGGACCUUUUCUACAGUUAUUCGGCCGCUCUUUUUUUUUUUGGUACCUCUUUUUUCCUUUCCAAGAGUAUCAACGACGGCCAAUCCGACGAUGACGUCCACUGCUGCCCCUGCGGCGGACUUUUCGUGCGCCAUCUGCCUCGACACGGCCACCGAACCUGUUGUGACGCGGUGUGGACACCUCUUCUGCUGGGAAUGCCUGGACCACUGGCUCCACAGCCCGGCAGGUGUUCCGGAGUGCCCAGUGUGCAAAGGACGCGUGGACGAGCGGAUCGCAGGUGACAUCAUUCCUCUGUAUGGUAAAGGAAAACAUGCGGCGAAUAAGCCAGCAAGCGGGCCUUCUGCAGCUGCUCCGACAGCAGCAACGACCGCGGCGGACCCAUCACAAGAGGAGUUUUUUAGUCGACCGAGCGCGUACAGCUUCGCGCCUGCCCGCGAGGCACGCCAUGCGCCUGCUGCUUCUCCCGCCGCCUCUGCCGCCGCCACACACGCCGCGCCGCAGACAGAGGAUGGGGAGCACCACCCUCGCCCGGCGGCCGAUCGCGCGCCGCCGCGGCCACGUCCAGCGCAGCAGUACCAAAACAUGCAGAUGCACGUGCACAACCCCGGCAUGCCGCUCACGGUGGGUAGCAGCGUUUUCUUCUUUGGCGGUGGAGGAGGCAUGUUCUUCUCCAUCAUGCUGAUCAUCGCGUGGGCUGUGUACAGCUACGCACCAUGGCGGCAGUGGAGGGUCGAUGUGGAGCGAUGGUACAAUCAUGCGCGUGAGCACCCAGCGUCGGAGGAGCGCCGCGACGAUGUGCCGGCGAACACGGCCCCUCCUGCACCGUCUGCCACCAACAGUAACACGAAUCAAAGUACUCCUCCUGAUGCAGUACCCAGUGAAACCGCCAACGAACUCCCUUCCCUGCAGGUAGUGGCGCGCAAUUUGGGUUUUACUGUUCUCGCAAUCUUCGUUCUGUUUCAGUUGCUUCUCUUCAUGUAA